AUGCCAGAUGGCUGCUUCUCACUAAUGAGGCCCAGUCUAGGACCAUCAUUCACCGUAACGGAUGAAGACCUGCGCUUGGGCGACCCGAGUGAGACGAUCCGGCGUGCAUCCAUGAUGCCGGGUCAGAUUCUGGAGUCACUAAACUCUCGGCGGUUCUCCCUUGCACCUGAAGCGAGUUCAAGCCAAGCUCCCACGCGCUCUCAGCCCCAGCGCGCCACUAUGCUGCCAGGUCAGAUCCAAUCCAGCACUGCCGCUCACCGGGCCUCUCAGCUCACAAAAACAAGCUCACAUUCACACACUUCAGAGAACAAACGUAGCCCGCUGGCUCCCAAACGCCCGGCAUCACAACUGCAAGGACCAGACACCCCUGAGGCAAAGAAGUUGGCCAGUUGUUUCCCACGGCCAAUGACACCUAAAGGCCGCUUUGGAAACCAAAACAGACCUCCAGUCUCUCCGGCUGAGCGAAGGCAGUCUGUGAUGUUUACUGUGGUAAAUACUCCAAAGAACAGUGUUCGUGGAGACAGCAGGCUUCAGCGCGGCCUCAACAAGCUGCGUAACAGCGCCCGCAAAUCUCCUGCCGUGGCCAGUCGGGCUUUGCGCUCGGCCGUGAGCGGGAAGUCUCCCCUGGACGUCACUCUGAGGAAAUCUCCUCGAAACAAAUCCCCGAAAAUAUCCAAUGCCAAAAAGGGAACACAGUGACCGCCUGUGCUGAUCUAUGCAGAAAUCAAGUUAAGGAUCAAGGUUUAAAUUUGAAGAUUGGAUCCAAAAACAACCAUUUCCUUUUCCUUUUUAUGUUCUUCUCUCUUUUCAGAUAAGUUAAUUCUUAUUAUGGGAUGCAGUAGUGUUAAUUACUGUCCUGUCAUGUAUUAUAUUUAAAUGUGCUUCUUGUUCUCUGAUAAUAAAGUCUUUUAUAUCAAA